AUGUCAGCUGAAAGUCCAAGUACAUUUAUCCUUAAAGCCCGAGCCCAUCCCCAUCACAUGCUUUCCCCAACCAAAAUUCACAUUGGAAUGAGGGAGGAGACUCCCCCUCUUGACCUGGGAGGGAUGGGCGUCUGGUUGACGCAAGUGAACGCCUCAACUUACGUCACCCUUGAAAAUUUCUUUAACUAUUUUUCAUCAAUACGUCUUGAUCAACAAUUUGACAUUUCUCCUAUUAAUUUUAAUAUCUCUUUGCUUUAUAGAAAUUUUUUGUCCCAUAAUUUUAGGGUUUAUGAUUACAAUUACUCAGACACUAUGCAACCUCUUAUCCAAAAGUUUCAGAAUCUCUGCAACUACCAAGGUCAUAUUGAAGGUUUUCCAAAUUCCAUGGUGACCAUUAGCACCUGUACUGGACUGAGGGGGUUAAUACAGUUUGAGAAUGUCAGUUAUGGAAUUGAACCUCUAGAAACUUCAGUUACAUUUGAGCAUAUGAUAUAUCCUGUAAAGAAUAAGAAUGCAAACUAUUCGUUAUAUAUCAAGAAAGAUAAUGUAUCAAGUCAACUGUACCAUAAAAUUCCAAAGGCCCAGUUACAAUCGGAUAACAAUGCAUCAUAUACUCGAUAUUUAGAAAUUCAUGUUGUUGUUGAAAAAAAUUUGUGUGAGCAUAUGGGUGCUGACACGGCUAUCAUCACUCAGAGAAUUUUCCAGGUGAUUGGACUUGUCAGUGCUAUGUUUACUCCAUUUAAUGUUAAAUUAGUUUUGUCUUCACUGGAACUCUGGAGAGAUGGCAAUAAAAUUUCUAUAAGUGGAGAAGUUAAUGAAUUAUUGCAAAGAUUUUUAAACUGGAAAAAUACUUACCUUGUUUUGCGUCCCCAUGAUGUGGCAUUCUUACUUAUUUACAGAAAGAAAUCAAGCUAUGUUGGUGCAACAUUAAAAGGAAUGAUGUGUGAUAGAAAAAAUUCAGGAAGUGUUGCUCUGUACUCUGGAAGCAUAACUCUAGAAGCAUUUGCAGUUAUUAUAACUCAGUUAUUGAGUCUCAGUAUGGGAAUAUCAUUUGAUGACAUUAAUAAAUGCCAGUGCUCAGGAUCUGCAUGCAUAAUGAGUCCAGAAGCAGUUCAUUACAGUGGUAUGAAGAUCUUCAGCAGCUGCAGCAUGGACGACUUUAUACAUUUUAUUUCAAAGCAAAAUUCUCAGUGUCUUCAAAAUCAGCCACACCUGGAUCCAUCUUACAGGACUACAUUUUGUGGUAAUAAACACUUGGAAGAUGGAGAGCAAUGUGACUGUGGAGAGCAAAAGGAGAAAUAUGUAGGUUACCAGAGGAUGAAUGUGAUCUCGUUGAAUAUUGCAAUGGGUCCUCCAAUUUUUGUCCGGAGAACUUCUAUCUUCAUAAUGGCUACAGAUGCAACAAGAAUCAAUGGGUCUGUAUGGAAGGAAAAUGUAGGGAUGGAACUAGGAUUUGUGAAGAUAUCUAUGGACAAGGUACUCUAUAUGGUUCUCAGGCCUGUUUUGAAGAAAUUAAUUCUAGGAGUGAUAGAUUUGGAAACUGUGGCUUAA